GCUGGGAGGGAGAAGACCAGGGCUAUCUAAAAUUAGAGAAGUCAAUGUUGAUACCAUUGGGGUGUAGAUUAUCUAAGCAAAAUACCCACGCUUGUCUCCUCACUACAUUUACUGCUGGCACCAGUUGCAAAUCUGAGUUUUCGAGUGAUCUGUGCAAGGCAUUCAUUGAUGCUGGAAUUCCACUGUGGAAAUUGGAAAACAAAUCUCUCAGAGGUUUUUUAGAGAAAUACACAGAGGAACAUAUACCAAGCGAGUCAUUAUGGAAAAAUUAUGUUGACACCAACUUCAACAUUCUUGUGCAGAAAAUUAGAGAUUAAGUUGCAUGCAACAAAAUAUGGAUCGCAAUAGGCGAGACAACCGAUGCUGUGGGGAGAUAUGUUGCCAAUGUGGUCAUCGGUACACUGGAGGCAGGUCAACCAUCAAAGGAGUAUUUGUUGACAUCGGAAGUAUUGGAGAAGUCAAACAGCUCAACUAUUGUUCAGUUGUUUACAUAUUCAUUUGUUGUACUUUGGCCAGAAGGUAUAAAACACGAGAAUGUACUUCUGUUUGUGACAUAUAGUUUUAUUCCCCAAAAUGUUGCAUUUGACAUGCUUAGCUCAAAACCUUCAUAAAAUUGCCAAGCAAAGACGUAGCUUGUUUCCAAAUGUCGAUCGCCUAGGCAAUGGCAAGAAAGUCGUACCUUGUUCUGGUCGCCGCUGGAUUUUCAACAUGAUGAAAAUUUUCGGCGACCUGCAACGACCUAUGACGUCGCCGAAAAAGUCGCGUUAGUGGGACAGGCCCUUUAUAUUAUUAUUUUUAAAACCAUAUUUUGGUGGUGGAAAUAAAUACCUUUUUUGUCAAUAAAUGCCUUUUUUGUAAUUUUAUUUUGCUUUUGCCUGCCUAUUUCAGAGACUUUUAGUGCCUAAACAUCCUGGCUCUACUCAUGAUUGUUCCCUUCAUCCCUGUUUGAAUCCCCUGUCCAGCUAUUUCCAUGUAUACUGAACUAUAUUGGUUUGCAAACUACAUGUUUGUUACAAAAAAAAAUCACCUUUUUUCUAAACUUCUGUGCACAUGUGCACAUAUCUUCCCCAAGCCUUCCUGCCAUUGACCAUGCUACAUUUUCAUAACAUUUGUCAUAUUUUGCAUCAACCUUCAGGUGCUGAGACCCAACUUCUACGAAUUCUCUCACUAAACAUCUGUGACUUUCUUCCUCCAAUCAUUGCAUGGCCACGCAUCUUAAUAUUGUGUGUUACACGUGAGAUAGAUUUUAUUUGAAAAUGUUUGUGUUCCACUUGUGUCAAAAUACAUGAAAGUUAACAUUUCAAAGCAAAUUCAUCUUUAAUAUGUAAUAUAGGUUUAUUGGACAUUAAUAUGCUUUGGACAUAUAUGCCAGGUAAAAUGACUUGGUUCCCUUGGAGAAUUUACAUUUAUUGGCAUUUAUUUGCGAUGUUUUCUUUCCUGUGUCAUUGUGGUGAGGGCGCCAGUUUGCAUUAAGUUGGUAGUAAAAUAUAUGGCAAGAUUAUCUAGUGCUUUAUAAAAGGUUAUUUUAUUCCUUGAAGGCUUAAAGUUUGCUUAUAUAUAUAUGUGGAGGUUCCAAAUAAAAAAAUGUGCUUCAAAGGUAUUUGCUGGAAAAAACGUUAAAAUUCUGUUUUAUAUGAGUAUUUAUUCCUUAAUUGCAUUUUGCAGUGAAAAACUGAUUUUCUGGGAGAUCUAGGAAAAUUAUUACAUAAUUAUCAAAUUUAAAAAUAAUCUGGAGAAGGUAAGAGAUAGUGAAAUUAACUAUAAAAUUUGUCGAUUUAAAAUGACUUAAUGAAAUUUUAAUUUUGCAUUAGUUGAUGUAGGUGCACAUUGAAAUCAAUGUUCAUUUAUUUCCAGAAUUAUUCCUGAUAUAGGCGAUUCAGGUGCAUUCAGGGAAGGAACUGCUUGUCUCAUUACUUGCCAAUAACCUAGAGGAAAUCAUUAAGAAACUGAAAAAUUAAUUUUGGUCUUGCAAUGCUUUAAAAUAUUUAUAGAAACAGUACAAUGAAGAAAUUCUCUCAACCGCGUGCAUACAGUUUCACAGUGGUGUUGCUGCUGUCAACUGGUACCUUUCUGUUUGUGCCGCUUUAAAAAAAAUUUGCAGCUCCAUAUUUGCAAUAGUCAUUCAUAGUGUCAUUUUAGCUCCAGUUAACAAUUAUUUGAAUAUAGUGGAGCUGAAAGUGAUUACAAUGAUACGACUUAAAACUGAAGUACUGCCAAUUUGUGCUUCAUGGGUCUUUGCUAUGGAAGAGUGUCUGCGAGUUCAUUUGGAAAAUAAUUAAAUAACUUGAAAUGUUUGUUUGAAAAUAAAACAUUUUUGUUGCUGACUGCUUCUCCAAUUCUUAGUUCUGCUGGGUUUUUGUUGUGUUACAUGGUUAGUCAGCAAGGUGGUUUUGCAGCUAAAGAUGGGAAUGGUAGUCUCAAAAGUAAUAGCAACCUGUAACAGGAUUCUGAAUUUUUUUUUAUGUCAUGGGCCCAGGAUUUAGUCAGGUACAGUAACUAUAAUUUUUCUAAUUCAAAAAUAAUAUGAUUAAUGCUGAUUUCUGUAAAUUCAGACAUUUGCAGUCAAUGGAAUUAAUGUAUAGUUUGCACAGUCAACAGUGUGGAUUGUGGCAGCUUUUUACUGUUAAUCAUUAAUAUUUUUAACUUGAAAUAUGUUCAUUUAUAUGUAUUCAUUAAAAUGGAAAAUAUUUAUUUAUUACAGUUGGGCUACAAGCUAUGCACAUUAAAACUGCCAUAUUAGUUACAGUAGUUGGAUUCUUGUAAUGAUUUUUAUCAUUUAAUUAGAACAAAAGCAAGCUAAAUAUUUUUUUACACAAAAGUGAAUUGCAGUGGCUGACUGUUGAUUCCUUUUCUCAUUCCAGCUUCCACUAAAAUGCUAAACUGAGGAAGGCCCUGUGCCAGUUCCUUGCAACGGUUCACGUUUUUGUGUUGCUGCCAGUGUAUUUCUAAUUUGUAUCCAUUUGGGCGUUGCUCAUGCCAAGUACUUGCUCCCAUCUGUGCUCAGUACUAAAACAAAUUCUUUGGAGUAGGUUAUUGGCAGAGGGGUGCAAAGAGUGCAUAUGAGCGAGACUGGGAUAGAAGCCAAGCUGCGACCAAACAAUAAAUAGACUAUUUAGUAAAUUUCAUUGUUUGUAUGUCAGCAUGAAAGCAAAUAUUAAUGUAAGAAGGCACAAAAUAUCUGAUGACUUGGUGCUUUUUAUAAAUUUUGAAAUUUGUAUAUGCAUCCACAUUGGAUGUGGAACAACAUGCGCCCUUUUGAAUAUUAAUGCAAAUGAAUUCGAGGCUAGUUUUGUAAAGACGUUUGCAUGCAUCAGAAGUGCUGUCUGUCUGUUCAUCAAAGCUUGUUGUUUGAAGAAUUGUAUGUUUUGUUUGCAAAGAUAUCAUAUUGGAAUUGUAUUUAUUCAAAUUUUGUCUGUACCUGUGAAAUAUUUAAUGUAAACCAGUGGAAAAGCUGAUUUUUCUUAACAAUUUUAACAUCUACUCCAUCUCCCUUUUUUUUACAGUCAGUUUUCCACAAAAGAAGCUUACAGCUUCACUUUUUGUUCUACAGAGUGAAUCAUGCCAAGGAAAGGAUCCCCUGUCCCUAUUUGGCUUGCGUUUGAAGUGCGGCAAGUAUCCAGAUUUUGGCAGUAAACAUUCAGCGUCAUGUUACGAUUUUUCCGUUUUUAGGCAAAGCCAUGCCAAUUUGUGCAAUGUUGGGCUGUUCGAACAGCACAUAUCACCUGUAUAAGUGGAAGUAUGAUGUGUGUGAUAGCCACCACUGUAAAGUUGCAACGGGAAACUGUUUCUGCCCACCUCCCUUCAAACUCUUCCCAUUUCCGACAGAGAGGAGGGAUGGAGCAGCCCGGUUGCGUUGGGCCAAACUGGUCAACCGAAAGAACCAGAAAGGCACGCAUUGGUUGCCUCACCCAAACGGCUAUAGCCGCGUGUGCUCUAAGCACUUUGUGGACGGCGAACCAACAGAGCUCAAUCCAGACCCGGUGCUGAAUCUUGGUUAUUUGUUAUUGGACUCUCCAAUGUCCCCACGUGCACUCCCUCGCAGAGAUGAAACACCUUCUAAUAAAAGGAGAAAGUCGGUAACAGCAACGCAAACCAAUGUUGACCAACAUGUUGACGAUGGACCAGACAACAAGCGGUUACGGGCUUUUGCUUUAGAUCAUGCUUAUGUGUACAAAUGCAGCUGUCAAGAGAACUGUAAUUGCACGGGAUGCAUCCAAAAGCAGAAGGACAUAAACAAACUGACUGACAAAGUUGAAAUGUUGGUAGGCAAGGUAGAAGAAUUGAAACUAAAACUGAAGAAUGCUUCCAUUAAAAAGCGUUUUUGUAGCAAUAUCAAUGACAAAAAUGUGAGAAGAUUGACAGGGCUCUUUUCGACGGAAGACUUAGACAACCUAUGCGAGUAUCUGAAGCCUAAAGCAAUGAAAAUGCGAUAUUGUGAAGGGAAGAAAAAAGUCGUCAGUACUAUAGUACCAAGAAAUUUUAAACGAACGCCAAAGAAGACUGGACCCAAAUCAAAACUCAGCGUAAAGGAUGAAAUGAUACUUGUGUUGAUGAAGCUGCGCCUUGGACUGUCGAUGGUGUUUCUCGCGUCUUUGUUUGGGCUUAGUGUGGGUACAUGUUCUAAAAUAUUCUAUACUUGGAUUAAAUUCCUAGCCAUCCAACUGAAACCCCUGAUUUUCUGGCCAAAUCGUGAUUUGAUAAGGUCCACGCAGCCGAAACAGAUAAUAAAUAAAUGGCCAGCACUGAGAUGCAUUCUCGACUGUGCAGAGAUAUUUAUAGAACGACCACAGCAUCUACAGUUGCAGGCUUUGACAUGGUCUGAACACAAGAAACACAACACUGUGAAACUAUUGGUUGGAAUUGCCCCAAACGGCAUGAUCACAUUCUUAUCAAAUGCUUGGGGUGGGCGAUCAUCUGAUGCACACAUUGUUAGGAAGAGCGAAUUUUUGAACUUAGUUGAUCCUGGGGAUUGCAUAAUGGCAGAUAGAGAAUUUCCCAUUCAAGAAGACUUGAAGUUUCGCCAAGCCUAUUUAGAGAUUCUCCCUCCCAGCGAUGGUUAUCAGCCAAUGACCACAGAAAAAGUACACACAACCAAGAAGGUUGCCAAUGUCCGCAUUCAUGUUGAACGUGCCAUAGGUCGUCUAAAGUAUUUUAACAUCCUGGGAAACACUUUACCCAUCACUUUAGUUCCGCAUAUUGAUGAUAUUUUCACCGUCUGCGCAGCAUUAUGUAAUUUACUGCCUCCAUUGGUGUGUAAAUGAGAUGUUGUUGCACUUACAGAUCAUUUUGAUCAGAAGUUCAACUUUAUCUUUAACCAGAUUUGAUAUGAACUGAAAUCCAGAACUUGCCGAGUUUGCAACAUGUACAUUUCAACAAAAUCAGAGUUUUACAUCUCUUACAUCGCACUUAUUUUCAAAACAGUUUUGUUAUCACCAUGUAUCUAUACAGAGCUCAGUUAUUGCGUUUAAUUCAUAGUAUACAAACUGAUGGAUUUUUUUCUGACUAUGACAGUACUGAACUAUACAUUUAGUUUGUGAAGGCCCAGUGUAGUUGAAUUUGCAUAAACAAUAUUAAGAGAUUUUUUUUUUUUCAAGCCACAAUGACUAUUUACUAAUAGUUAUACCGUGUAUGUGUCUGGAUUAAUUCCAGCAUGCAUGUCGGGAUCUUGUUUUACAUAUCUGCUGUGUAGUUUUUAAUAAUUCUUCAUGUACCAGGUAGAGAUAAAAUGUUGGGGAUAGUGCUUUGGAAUUGCAAAUAAUUGAUAAAAAAACAUGCUAGAUGAAUAUUUAGGAGGUGGCAUGUCAUGGUUGUUGUACACACGAUAAGGGUUGCUUGUUAGCAUUAUGGGGGGGGGGGGGGAUACCGGGAUUACUUCUCGGACAAUCAACUCCAUAAUUCUUGCAGAUAUUCAAGUGAAAGAACAUAUAACUCAGCACAUUCGGCAUAUUUCCUCGUGGUUCAAUACAAUGCACAUCUCGAUCAGUAAAUGUACAGAAGUUCAUACAACUCUUAAUUUCUUUCAUUUCAUUUAAUCAUUUAUCAACCAUUGUUUCAGUGUACAUUAGCCAUUAAGUUAAAUGUAUAUUUUUAGAAGUAGUCACACAUAUGCGUAGUACUUAUGUCGAGUUGCAUCUCAAAACUACAAAUUAAUAUUGACUUUGUUUCAAGUAAACAAAAUGAGAAUGUAUGGUAUAUACCAUAAACAUCAAGUUAACUCAUCUCUCAUUACUUUCCUCAGUUGUGUACAUGUUGUGUAUAUGUGUGUGGUAUGUAUAGUGGUAUGUCUAGUAUGUUAACAUAGACCAUAAAACAGAUACACGAUUAUGCCAAAACAAUAUGUGUUUUUUUACAUUACUGCACACAAACAUUUGACAAAGGGGGUCAAAUUUCAAAUUCCUUCAAAAAAGGUGACAAGCAUGAUACUGGGUUCAUGACUAACAUAGUAUCAACAACAAAUAUAAGAAAAGAUGGCAAGUUUCUGAAAAUGGCAUCAGAAAGCUGUACUGUCAGCGCCUGCUCUUGAGGUAAUAGUUAACUGCAGGAAGCAGCCUGAGAUCGCCACACCUCCUCCUUCGAAGACCAGAACUGAGCUGCUGGUACAAGCCCGAAAUCACCAACAUCAUCAUACAUGUGCUCUGACGUUGAGGGACAAUGCCAUGCGGUCCUGGACUGUCUUACCACUGUAAAUAGAAUAAACCAUGUGAGUUCACCCUUCUACAGUGUGGUAAUAAGCGAGUUCGGUAUCCAAAAAACGCAAGGAAUCAUCGGAUUUGUCAAAGGUCAUUUUCCAUAAGGAAAAAUCGAACCAGA